AUGAUAAAGGCCGGUGACCUUAUAAGGCACAAAAGUCAUCUUGUUUGUGAUGGAAGGUCUCAAGAGGUUGGUGUUGAUUGUGAUGAGACAUUUAGUCCGGUUGUAAAGACGACUACUAUUCACACAGUGUUGGGCCUUGCUAUGGCUCAAAAGUGGAUUAUUCAUCAACUUGAUGUUAAAAAUGCAUUCCUUCAUGGUGAUUUAAAAGAGACAGUUUAUAUGUAUCAACCUCUAGAUUUUGUUGAUCGUAGGGCUCCUAAUCAUGUUUGUCUCCUCCGUAAGGCAUUAUAUGGUCUCAAGGAAGCACCUCGUGCUUGGUACCAAAGGUUUGCUAACUUUUUAUUGCAGAUGGGGUUUAUCAUUGCCAUGAGCGAUACUUCCUUGUUCACAUUCAAGCAUGGUGAUGAUAUUGCCUAUCUCCUACUCUAUGUUGAUGACAUUAUUUUGGUCACCUCCUCAAAUAAUUUGCGUGGCCACAUGAUUACUACCUUACAGACCGAGUUUCCUAUGUCUGAUUUGGGACCUCUUAAUUAUUUUUUGGGUAUUUCUGUUACUCGUACUCCUUCUUUUAUGCUUCUAUCUCAACAGAAGUACGCACAUGAUAUUUUAGAGCGCGCAGGUAUGUGCAAUUGUAAGCUUGCUGCUACUCCUGUGGACACUCAGUCCAAACUGAGUGUAGAAUCGGGUCCGAAAGUUCAGGAUCCUACUAAGUACCGAAACUUAGCAGGUGCUCUACAGUACCUCACUUUUACUCGCCCUGAUGUAGCUUAUGCGAUACGGCAAGUGUGUCUUUUUAUGCAUGACCGACGGGAGCCCUACUUUGAUGCAUUAAAGCGCAUUUUGCGAUAUGUUCAAGGCACCAUUGAUCACGGGUUACAUUUAUAUCCUACUACUGUCUUGCAAUUUAUUACUUAUACUGAUGCAGAUUGGGCCGGGUGCCCAGACACCCGCCGGUCGACUUCCGGUUAUUGUUGUUUUCUAGGCAACAAUUUAAUUUCUUGGCCCUCCAAGCGUCAGCAUACAUUAUCUAGAUCUAGUGCAGAAGCAGAGUAUAGAGGCGUCGCAAAUGUUGUUGCUGGAGGCAUGUUGGAUUCGUAA